CCCAGCGUGGCGCCGCGCUGCUCUGUCCAUCCCCGGGGCCUGCCCAGCCCCGCGUGGCACCACCGCACUGUGGCGGCCCACAGUCGGUGCUGGGGGGCCUUUGGGGCCGCUGGGCCUCGUGCUGUGCUGUGCCCCCGCCGGCAGCGCUGUGCUGCGUCAGUGCAGCGCGGGCCGGGGAAGGCGGAGGCAUGGGCAGGGCCUGUGGCUCCUGGGUCCCGUCCUCUGCCGUCCCAGAACAUCGGACCGGAUUCCCACUGAGCUCUGUGCACAAGGAGGGCGAGUGGGGACGGGGAGUGCUGGUGGCUGGGUGAGACCGGCCGCAGGACGCGGGCUGGGGACAGGACGGGCUGGGAUGGCGGCUGCGGCCUGCUGCGGCCUUACUCAAGAUGGCGGCGUUUCCCCUUCCCUCUGGUCCUGCCCUCACUCAAGAUGGCGGCGCUUUCUCUUCCCUCUGGUCACUGCCCUCACCCAAGAUGGCGGCCGCCGUGGCGUCGGUCGUCACGGGGAGGGCGGAAGCGCAUCCUGAACUGUACCCAGCCGAGCGGAGCGGAGCCGCCGGGAGGGCCCGGCCCCGGCCGGCACCAUGGACUGCUACACGGCCAACUGGAACCCGCUGGGCGAAGAGGCCUUCUACCGCAAGUUCGAGCUGUACACCAUGGAGUGGGGCCUGAGGGAGGACCUGCGGGACUGCCUGGUGGCAGCUGCGCCGUACGGCGGGCCCAUAGCUCUGCUGAAGAACAACGCCAGGAAGGAGAAAUCCCCCAGCGCCCGCCCGCUGCUGGAGAUCUACUCGGCCUCGGGGCUGCUCCUGGCCAGCAUCCCGUGGAAGAGUGGCCAGCUGGUGCAGCUGGGCUGGACAGCCAGCGAGGACCUGCUGUGCAUUCAGGAGGAUGGCACUGUUCUCAUCUACAACCUCUUCUGCGAGUUCAAGCGUCACUUCAGCAUGGGCAACGAGGUGCUGCAGAACCACGUGCUGGAGGCGAAGGUCUUCCACACAGAGUACGGCACUGGUGUGGCCAUCCUCACUGGAGCGCACCGCUUCUCCUUGACCACCAACAUCGAUGACCUGAAGCUGCGCAGGAUGCCCGAGGUGCCAGGUCUGCAGAAGCCGCCCUCUUGCUGGGCUGUGCUGACCCAAGAUAGAGUGACCAUCGUCCUGCUGGCGGUCGGCCAGGACCUGUACCUGCUGGACAACACCUCCUGCUCUGUGGUGACACCCCCUGGCAUGAGCCCCUCCGCUGGUGCCUACCUGCAGAUGGCCGUGUCCUUCAACUACCGCUGCCUGGCACUCUUCACUGACACUGGCUACAUCUGGAUGGGGUUGGCCACGCUGAAGGACAAGCUCUGCGAGUUCAACAGCACCAUCCGAUCUGCACCCAAACAGAUGGUUUGGUGCACACGUCCCCGCAGCCGGCAGCGUGCCGUGGUGCUGGCCUGGGACCGGCAGCUCAUGGUGGCUGGGAAUUCCACGGAGUGCAUCCGAUUUGUCCUGGAUGAGGACUCCUACCUGGUGCCAGAGCCAGAUGGGGUCCGGAUCUUGUCCCGCACCUCCCAUGAGUUCCUGCACGAGAUCCCAGAAGCGAGCCAGGAAAUCUUCAAAAUCGCUUCCAUGGCACCAGGGGCACUCCUGCUAGAGGCACAGAAGGAGUAUGAGAAGGAGAGCCAAAAGGCAGAUGAGUACCUGAGGGAGAUAAAGGACCAGAAGCUGCUCCCAGAAGCAGUGAGCCAGUGCAUCGAGGCAGCCGGCUAUGAGCAUGAGCCAGAGACUCAGAAGUCCCUGCUGCGAGCAGCCUCUUUUGGGAAGUGCUUCAUCGACAAGUUCCCCCCGGAGAGCUUUGUGCGCAUGUGCCAGGACCUGCGGGUUCUCAACUCCAUCCGGGACUACCAGAUCGGCAUCCCCCUCACCUUCACCCAAUACAAACGACUCACCAUUGAGGUCUUGCUGGACAGGCUGGUCCUGCGGCGGCUCUACCCCCUGGCCAUCAGGAUCUGUGAGUACCUGCGCCUCCCGGAGAUCCAGGGCGUCAGCCGCAUCCUGGCCCACUGGGCCUGCUACAAGGUGCAGCAGAAGGACAAAUCUGAUGAGGAGGUGGCUUAUGCCAUUAACCAGAAGCUGGGUGACACGCCAGGCAUCUCCUACUCUGAGAUCGCUGCCCGAGCGUACGACUGCGGCAGGACAGAGCUGGCCAUCAAGCUGCUGGAGUACGAGCCACGCUCUGGGGAGCAGGUCCCACUGCUGCUGAAGAUGAAGCGGAGCAAGCUGGCCCUGAGCAAAGCCAUCGAGAGUGGGGACACAGACCUGGUCUACACUGUCGUGCUGCACCUGAAGAACGAGCUGAAUCGUGGCACCUUCUUCAUGACACUGCAGAACCAGCCAGUGGCUCUGAGCCUCUACCGCCAGUUUUGCAAGCACCAGGAGCGAGAGACGCUGAAGGACUUGUACAACCAGGAUGACAACCACCAGGAGCUCGGCAACUUCCACGUCCACUCCAGCUACUCAGAGAAGCGCAUCGAAGGGCGGGUAGGAGCCCUGCAGAAUGCUGUGGAUGAGUACUACAAGGCCAAGAAUGAGUUUGCUGCCAAGGCCACAGAGGAUCAGAUCAAGCUCCUGCGGCUCCAGCGACACCUCCAGGAGGACUUUGACAAGCCCUACCUCGACCUCUCUCUGCACAACACUGUCUCCACUCUGAUCCAGGAUGGCCACCACAAGAAAGCUGAGCAGCUGUACCGGGAGUUCAAGAUCCCUGACAAGCGGUACUGGUGGCUGAAGAUCAGUGCCCUGGCCACCCGCGGGGACUGGGAGGAGAUGGAGAAGUUCUCCAAGAGCAAGAAGUCGCCCAUUGGGUACCUGCCCUUUGUGGAGAUCGCUGUGAAGCACCACAACCGCUACGAGGCCAAGAAGUAUGCACCCCGUGUCACCCCUGAGCAGCGGGUCAAGGCCUUCAUCCUUGUGGGGGACCUGGAGCAGGCGGCUGACGCUGCCAUUGAGCACAAGAACGAAGCCGAGAUGAACCUCGUCCUGUCCAAGUGCUCUGCCUCCACUGACAGCGCCGUGAUGGAGAAGCUGAACCGCGCUCGUGCUCAGCUCCUGAAGAAGUGAGCCCCGGUGCCCCCCUCUGUGUUGGGGGGCAGGAGCUCGACCCCCCCAUAUUCUGAGGUCAGGACCCUCGCAGAGCUGCAAGGAGGGGUCCGCGGCCGGGAGCACCGCGGUAGCGCUGCGCUGUGGCUGCCUGCAGCCCCCUGCAGCCCCCUGCCCCCUCCUGCUGCCCCCCCUCAAUUCUCGGUCAAUAAAGAGCGAGAGCCUGCCGUGCUGCGUCCUGGUGG